UUAAAAUGAUAUUCUCGUAUAAAUUAAAAAGCGAAAAAAAAAGAAAAUCAAUUGCACCAUCUCACAGAAAGAAAGAGAUACCUCGUCCUAAGAUUUCUACCAUAAUCUUUCAGACUCAUUGUUCGUUCCAUUUUGGUGUACUCGUGCGCAUUAUAUCGAUUCGUUAGUCCAAUAAGCGCAGAUUACUGUGCGACGAUUGCGCAAAAGAGAAAGAGAAAGAGAGAUAGAUAGAUAGAGGAAGAAGAAAAAAGGAUAGAAAAUAGGGAUGGCGUAGGAGAAACGUAGGGCUCGGUCGCGCACGCUCUUGUCGACUCAUAUAAGUGAAAAAGAGAGAAAGAAAGGGAAAGAACGAUGAUGAAGGAAGAAAGGAUGGGAGGGAGAUAGAGAGAUAGAAAGAGAGAGAGAGGGAGAUAGAGAAGAGAGAAAGAGUGGGUGGAAAAAAGGAAGAAAAUGAUGUAAGAAAAGAGGAGUGAGAAAGAGAGAGAUAAAGAGAAUAUUGUGUAGCCCGCCGUCAAUGUGCUCUCAGUUCGAAAAUGUAACACGUGAUCGUGGUAUAUCUCUCGUUUUAGACUACUCGACAUUGAAUUUUCACCGACGUUAGUCGUUCCUGCCUCUUCCUCCGACGCGGGUGUUGCGUCCAAAGGGAAAUCCGUUGUGAUGAGGCACACCUCGCGCGAGGUAAAAUCUAUCGUCAUUCUAAUUACUUUCAUUGUUAUCUCAUUCAUCUCAGAGUCUUCUUGUCUACGACGUUUCUCUGUUUUGUCUUUUCUGUUUUUUUUUUUUUCUUUUUUUCUGGUCUUUUUUUUUUUUUUCUUUCAUGGUUUAUAUUCUCCUUCGUUCUUUCUUUUUCCAAUAAAAUUUUUUUUUAUGUCGCACAAGACACUUUCGAGAGAACAAUUAUUUUUAAGAAGAGAAAACAAAAAGAAAAAGAAUAAGAAAGAAAAAAAUGCAAUUUUUCAUUAAGUCAUUUGCUUUCAACUGCAACUCGACUUUCUCUCUUUCCCUCUCUUUCUUUCUCAUCAACUUGUCCGAUACUCAACAUAAAAAAAAAAAAAAAAAAAAAAAAAGGAAAAAAGAAAACUAUUUUCCCUCGUUUCAACGAUCUCUCAAUAUUAUUCUCAUUCGUUCCUCACGAUUUAGGUUCCUGCAAUGCGACGUGUGCAGACAGUACAUACAUAUCUACGCGCGCACGGAAGUAGUGAUCCGUAAUUCGGCCAUUUAGUAAAAUAUGUUCAAGCAUAAAAAAGAAAGUAAAAAAAAAAAAAAAAAAAAAAAAGAAAAAAGAAAAAUAAAACCAAUGCAUUAUUCUAAAUUUCGCGCCGAUAUGAUUAUUCAAGAAUGUAAUUCGUGUUAAAGAGACAAAGAUAGCGAUAAGGGGGUGAAGAAGGGAGGGAGGCAGACGAGGAGAAGACGGAGAAGCAGGAGGAAAGGGAAAAAUGGCGGUGGAUAUUUUAGACGAGGAUCAUCUGGCCGUGAGCGCGAUCGUUACGGUCGGAAUGCAAUUGAUAUUCUUCACGAUUGCCGCGACGUUUCAGCUGGACAAAUUGACGGAUUUUGCCGGCGGCACCAACUUCAUCAUUCUUGCCCUUCUCACUUUCUUUCUCGGCCAAAUGGGCAAGACCUACGACAAUCGACAGCUUAUGGUUACCGUAUUUGUAUGUUUAUGGGGUGUACGACUAUCAGGAUACCUUCUUUAUCGUAUCAUCAAGAUCGGACGAGAUAAAAGAUUCGAAGAUCGUCGAAGCAAUGUUAUUCGUUUCGCAGUUUUUUGGACCUUCCAGGCUGUAUGGGUUUAUGUUGUGAGUCUACCGGUAAUUAUCAUAAAUUCGCCUCGUCAUAAAAUCCCACCAGCGCCAAAAACGAUGACCAAUUUCGACAGUGCUGGUACUGGACUCUUCCUCAUUGGAUUCGCGGCAGAGACCUAUGCUGAUUUACAAAAGUUCGCUUUUAAACAGGAUCCCGUUAACAAUGGGAAAUGGUGUAACGACGGACUAUGGAGACUAUCUAGGCAUCCUAAUUAUUUCGGAGAGAUCGUAGUAUGGUGGGGUAUCUUUGUAAUAUCCUUGAACGUGAUCGAAGGAGCCGAAUGGGUUGUUAUCGCCUCUCCGAUCUUUACAACGAUCAUCAUCCUCUUCUUAUCGGGUAUGCCUUUACUGGAAAAGGCGUCGGACGAGAGAUACCGAGAUAAUGCUGAGUAUCGUUACUACAAACAAUCAACGUCACCAUUGAUACCAAUUCCACCUUCGAUCUACGUCGAAGUACCACGUUUUCUGAAGUUUGUUCUCUGCUGUGAAUAUCCUCUUUACAAUUCGUUAGACGCAAAGCCACGUUCGGCCGUAACCGAAUCGACGUCCAUCAGUUUGGCAGCAUCCACGUAGCUGUAGCCACACGCCGGGCGUCCUAACUCUGAGUCCGGCGUGCAAUCGACGACUACGGCGACAGCCAGCACAGCCUUUUAAACGACCUUCCUAGUACAUCGUUCUUAUCGAUAAUACGACAGGAAUAACAAUACGUGUUCUCUCUAACUCAAUUCGAUUCCGAGAAUUUCUCAUUAUUGUCCUUUCAGGACUUGUUACCUUGAAAAGUGAGUACACAAUGGAAAGAAUGAUCUAUAUAUUGUUGUUAUGUCUUUAGUUACCUGAUGAAUAUAUAGGAAUGAAUAUACCGUUCUAUAUAUUUAUGAAUGUAUGUACUUGUGUAUACGAGCACGUGUGUGUGUGUGUGUGUGUGUAUGUGUGUGCGUGCGCGCGUGUCGUGUGUUUAUUUCGAGAAAGAUCCUUUUUCUUUCAAAACAAAUCUCUCAUUAUCGUUUUCACGAUAAAUUCUUUGUAAUUUUCUCAAGGAUGAGUUCUUUGUUUUCUCUUUUUCUCUCGUAUUGACAAAAUGAGAAAGAGAGAGAAAGAGAAAGUGAUAGAGAAAAAGAGAAAAAAGAGAAAGAAACGAGGACGUUGAACGUUCUAUUAUUUUAAACGUUGGAAUAAAAGAAACAAAUUAUUUAUGGAUUUUUGCUAGCCGGCUGGUCCGGAUAUUAAUGAUGAAGACAACGGUGAUAUACAUAUAAAUAUAUAUGUAUGUAUUCAAGAUCGUGGAUAAAUAUGAAUUAGUAUUACAGAAUAACUUCUAAUCUUCCGCACAUUCCGUCUAAUCACUAUUUCGCCCUCUUUCUAAGGUACAAAUUUAAAAAAAUGGUCGAUGAUGACGUUUAAUCAAUAAAUUAAUUAACGUGACUUCGAGUUUACGGUACCGCUGGACAACUUUUCGAAGUUUACUAUCUUUGGCACAUAAAUCCAUCCGCGAUCAUUGUUAUUUACUCGUUUCGAUGGUUAAAUCUAAAAUUUAAUGGUUAAAUUAAAAAAGAAUAAAUAAAUAAUUAAUUAAUUAUAUAAAAGAGAAAGCUAUAUUAAUCGACGAUAUUAGAAGCUAAUGUAAAAGAAUUAUAAUGAAUAACUAUUGCAAGUAGCUUUGCAAUUAAAAAAAAAAAAAAGGAAAAAGAAAAAAGAAAAAAAAAAUAAACAAAUAAAACGAUGCAAUUAUCGAGCAUUGCGUUGCUCAGUUUUGAUCGCUUUGAGUCUCGUGAUUUAUUAGAAAUAUCUUUUCAUGGUAAUGAGAAAAAAGAAAAAAGAAAAAACAGAAAAAAAAAACAGAAAAAAUAACAGAAAAAAAAGUAGAUAAUCAUUACACGUGAGAAAUGCAAUAGCCAAAUCGAAGCAAUAUAAUUAAAAAUUGUAGCAAUAGCGGUCGAUUAAAGAAGAACGCCGAUUUCUAUAGGCGUUAUAAUUUUUCUAAAAAGAAAAGAGGAAAAAAGAAAUAUCCUUCUGCCAAUAAUGAGAACGAAAAAAAGUUUAAUUCAUUUAAUUGGAAAAAUUCAAUAAUAGAAAUCGGUGCAUAGCAGAUACGACGUUUCGAUCGUUAUAAAAAAGAAAAUAAUUGUCAAUUAAGUGUUCUAACGUCGAUCAGUAAUCUCAUUAAUAUUCGCCUUGCGCUAAAAGAAAAUUACAAUAAUAAUAAUUAACGUAAAAAUACGUAUUGCAUAAAACGAUGUCGAACGUGAUUAUCUAAAAACUUUAUAAUGUAAUCGCGCUACCUCGAAUGCAAUGGCCUCGAUUUGGGACCGAAUAUAUUUACUAUAGAGAAAAAAAAGAAAAAUAAAAAGAAAGAAUUAAAAAAAAAAAAGAAAGAUAUAUAACGUAAAAAAUAUACGCUUGGCAAAUUCGUGCCAUUUUGUCGGGAUUCAACAAUACGCAACAAUGUUAAAUGAAGAUCUAAAAUGCUCGUUGUAAACGUGAUAUAGAUGAAAAGAAAAGAGAAUUAAUACUAGAGAUAUUCAAUGUAUAUGCGUUAUAAAUAAAAUGCGUUAAUAGUUUUUUACCUGCACGUAUGUAGUACUUAUGUACUAUUAUCGUAUCGCGUGAUCUUUCGAAUAUAAUUGAAAUUAAUUUUAGAAAAAUGCAGUAGAAUCUUUACCGCGUUCUAUCUAUCAAUCAUUGUAUCUAUAUUAAUUAAAAUCUAGCAAUACGAAACAUAUCUUAGUGGCCGAUAGAAAAUAUUAUUGUUAAAAGAGGAUAAAAAAUAAUAUAUAUAUAAAAAAGAACAAAAAAAAAAAAAAAGAAAUAACAUACAGAAAAUUUGUUCGAUAGUCUUAAUUCUUAGAUAGUCUAUAAUAUAGAUUUAACAAUAAGACAAGAUUUCUGGCCGAUAUUGUGACGUAACAAAAUGUAGAAAAAAAAAAGAAAAGAAAGAAGAAAAAUAUUGAAAAGAUCGUUGUUGCUAAAGAGAAUCUAUAAAAUUGUACGAUAAUAAAUCGUUGUUAGAUCCAACGAAAAAAUCAUA